GUCUACUCUGCUUAUAAGUCUUGGGAAGUGCAUCUGUCGUGUAGGAGGAGGAACCAAAUUGUCUUUGAAGCCUGUAGCUCAAUUGUUUUGGCAGUUUGCUUGGACUAGAAUUCUUGGAACACAUUUUUCCAGAGUCCACAAUCGGAUCUCGGAACUGUUGAUGCAUCAACUACAACCUUACGUUUCUCUGGAAACACUGGACCUAACGUCUAAUUCUAUCUCUGAGCUCAGAGUGGGAUCCUUUCCAUCCAUGCAGCUCAAAUAUCUGAAUUUAAGUAACAAUAGGAUCAGCCUCCUGGAGCCUGGGUGCUUUGAGAACAUCUCCAGCUCACUGCUGGUGCUUCGGCUGAACAGGAACAGAUUAGUUGCGCUGCCGUCAAAAGUCUUCAAACUUCCCCAUCUUCAGCUACUAGAAAUGAAGCGUAAUAAGAUCAAAAUAGUGGAUAGUCUGACAUUCAAAGGGCUGGAGUCGCUGAAGUCACUAAAGAUGCAACGAAAUGGCAUUACAAAGCUCAUGGAUGGUGCCUUUUUUGGACUGAACAAUAUUGAAGAGCUAGAGCUGGAACACAACAACCUAACGGAGGUUAAUAAAGUUUGGCUGUAUGGCCUCCGCAUGCUGCGCAUCCUGCAAAUCAGCCACAACGCUAUAGGCAUCAUCCGUCCUGAUGCCUGGGAGUUUUGCCAAAAACUGGAGGAACUAGACUUGUCCCACAAUCACUUGACGAGACUUGAGGAGACAGCUUUUGUUGGAUUGGGAUUCCUGGAGACUCUGAACCUGGGAGAAAACUCUAUCAGCCAUUUGGGAGAGGGUGUGUUCAGCGACUUGGCAAAUCUGCGCACCUUAGAUAUUCGCAAUAAUGAAAUAUCAUGGGCCAUUGAAGACUCCAUCGCUGUAUUUGAUGGAAUGAAGAAGCUGAACACAUUAGAAAUGAAGCGUAAUAAGAUCAAAAUAGUGGAUAGUCUGACAUUCAAAGGGCUGGAGUCGCUGAAGUCACUAAAGAUGCAACGAAAUGGCAUUACAAAGCUCAUGGAUGGUGCCUUUUUUGGACUGAACAAUAUUGAAGAGCUAGAGCUGGAACACAACAACCUAACGGAGGUUAAUAAAGUUUGGCUGUAUGGCCUCCGCAUGCUGCGCAUCCUGCAAAUCAGCCACAACGCUAUAGGCAUCAUCCGUCCUGAUGCCUGAGAGUUUUGCCAAAAACUGGAGGAACUAGACUUGUCCCACAAUCACCUGACGAGACUUGAGGAGACAGCUUUUGUUGGAUUGGGAUUCCUGGAGACUCUGAACCUGGGAGAAAACUCUAUCAGCCAUUUGGGAGAGGGUGUGUUCAGCGACUUGGCAAAUCUGCACACCUUAACUGUUAGCUGCUCUGGUCUGAUCACCACACUGGCAUCCAUUUUCAGCGAUGUCAUUAAAUAUACAAGGAGAAAUAAAGACAACUCAAGGAGGGCAAGUGAAGUAAAAGACUGAUGCAGAGAAGAAACAGUUGGGCCUGACCAAGAGACUGACAGAUCCUCCCUUGAAUGUUCAACAAACAUCGUCUGUUUGCCACGACAGACAUCCGGCUCUCUGGACAUGUAUCGACCUCUCGCCCUCAUUCUGUCCUCCAUGUGGAAAACCUUGUGCUCAAGUGAAGGCAGCACCAUCGAAACUGACAGUCAUCUGGCAGCUGGUUUAACACAGUAAAUCUGCUCACCUGCUCAUUCUUCAGGCCAGUAAGCAUUGAUUGUUACUGUAAACAAACUGAGACACUGUGGCUCUUCUUUAAAUGAUCUACAUUUGAACUGGGAUUUUUCUUUUGUCAAUAAGAACAUAGUAUAACAAAA